AUGACAAGUAAGAAAGAUUUUCAUUGUCAAAAAAAAGAGAAAAAAAGAAUCAGUGAUGUGGAUGAUGAGAGAGAGGUGAAACAUAUGCACAGAAUACUCGUAAUAUGAAAUCAAAAUUUUAAAUCUCUCUAUUUCAAACCUAUGAAUACUUGAGUGAUUAAUGAGACAUGACAUACAUCGAACUUGGAUAAACUUACCUUAGGGCCUCUAUAUGUUGCCAAGGCCAUGUAAUUUCCUCUUUAAGUAGCUUUUUCAAGAUCUAUAUUGUGAAUUCACACUUAAAUCAACCAAAAUGUAUCUAAAACUGAUGUGGAACCUCAAUGUUGUUUCAUCCGAGCUGACUAAAUGUUUGGACAUUCAAAGUUAGGCUUUUCACCCUUAAACAACAACUUAAAUGUGUAUGAGUUUACGCAAAGGUAUGAGAGUACAUGUGUAGGGUUGAUUCAUCUGAAAUCAUCUGAUCUAAGGUUGUGAUUAAAUGAGGGUAUUUUCAUCUUUUUGGCCGCAAUAAGAUAAGACAAGAGUCAAUUUCCUCUCGGGUUUUUUAUUAUCUUUUUCUCACUAUUCCUCCUUUACAUAUUUUCUCUCUCUUAUAUUUUUAAAUUAUCCAAAUGCUUCGUGAACCUCAGCUACCCAACCUAGAUCAUUCAUUUUCAUCAAUCAUCACCCAUUAGAAAUUCUUCAAUAAGGCUUGUGGAUCUCAAGCCACUAAAAUCACAUAA